CCUAACCAAUAGACCUACGCACUUAGAAGCACCUAGUGACUACAAUAACCAUGAUCAUUAUCUCUUAUUUCCUUGAAAUCGAAGAGAGGAAUAAGGAACUAAGUUCUAUACAUGAAAUCCAAUAUCACAGACGUGUGUUUAAAAAUUUACAGCUUACUGAAUUACAACUUUUGCUGCAAGAUAUAAGGAUUCCAUUGUUACCCCCCAACAUCCUCCUAUCAAAGAAGUAACCAUAAAAACUUCAAUAUAUGAUUAAAAAAUUUAAAGUUUCUCAUCAGUUGCAGAAAUUCCAUUCAAGCUCUCUUAGGAUGGUGAACAUUGUUUAUUGAAGGUAUUUGUUUGGCCGCAUGCAGUUUCGAUCAUAUUAUUAGCGUUGUUUUAAGAGUUCACAUACUGGCUCGCGAUAUUUGCGUGGUCUCAAACCUGUGAAAUUCGUUAUGGACUGGGAUCUGGAGAAUUAUAUACAGGGGAUUUUCAUCACAGUAAUUGUCUGUAUUGUAUCGAGUGUGCUUUGUUAUGUGUUCAGAAAAACAUUGUUUGCUUCAUAUGUUUCUGCUACUCAAGAUUCAGAGAAUUUAUUCCGAAAAAAGAAGAAAGGAGAAUUUAAAAAGUCUAAGAAGACUAAGAAGGUGAAAAUCUUAGUAGACGGUCAACAAAGUGGUGAAGUUGAUACAGAUAGAACCCAGACAUCUGAUGAUACAACUGCUGAAGAGGAUGAACAUCUUUCAGACGUACCAUCUGACAGCCGUGCAUCUAGCAGUAGUGAAGAGUCAAUUGAAAGACCAACCCAAGCAUUACAUACGACCGAAAACUGCUUGCAAACGAAAACUGAACUUGAUAAUGCUUCAUAUCAGACUGGUCAGUCUUGCCUCAAAAGCUCUAAUUCAAGUUCCUUAAAUACUGAGACUAACAGGAGUCAGCAUGACGAUUCUGACUCAAUUAAUUCCUCAUGUACUGAAAACAACAUAACAGCUACCGUGUCUCCUUCAGUAGCAAAAGAACCGCAACCUAUGGUUAGAUCAAAGAAAUCAAAGCGUCGUGCAACGAAACGGUCAAUAGGGUCUGGUGAAUUGUCAAAAGAGGCGUCAUCUAUUGAUUCAGCUGGUAGUGAGCAGCCAGUGAAGCCGCAUGAAGAGGGAAUGCAACUUGAAUGCACAGUAAGUAAGAAGCAGGAAUCACAACGCGAUUUUUGUGCUUCUUCUGAAUUACAUGCGAAAAUUGAGAUGCUACAAGAACAGUUAAAGGCCAGCGAAAACAAAUUAUCAGAAACUUCACGAUGGGCAAAUUCCUUAGCCGAGGAGAAUAAACGAUUCCGUUCAAAGGAAGAAGAGACUUCUCUUGGUUUACAAGUGCUACAAAUGCAAUAUACCGAACUUUUAAGGGCGAACAAAAGUCUGGAGCAUCAAAAUAACCUACUGGAUAGAAAAUUAAAAAAUACUGAAAGCGAAAACUGUGAUCUACUCAAACGUUUAGACCAGACGAAUGCGGAUGCUCGAAAAGUAAAAGCUGAUGCCGAAUUAGAGUUAUGUAAAAUGAGAGAGCAAUUAACGGAAAAUGAAGCUCAGUUAACUGCAAUGGCAGCAGCUAUGUCUGUAUCUCAACCAUCCAUACCCACCACUCCUCUACCAGAACUUGUUCGUACGCAAGAGUUGGCACAAGCCAUGUCCAAUGAUAAUUGCUUAUUGAAAUCACGCAUUGAACAACUUGAUUCUGAAUUGAGCCAACUACGCCAAUCAAACAUGAGGCAGCAACAAGAUCUACAGGUUUUCCGUGCAGAAAAUCACAAAUUACAUGCAGAAAAAGAAGCAGCCCUAGAAGAAUUACGUUCGAAACGACAGACAGAGCAAGCUGAGAAUGAAGCUGCACGUAUGGAAUUAAAUCUUCGCUGCCGCGAAUUAGAGUUAGAAAAACAAAAAAAUCAGGAAUUAUCGAUUUCAUUGUCUGAAGUGAGAGCUGAGCUAUCUCGAAGUUUACAACAAGAAAAACGUCAGACGGAAAUUAUCGGAAGCCUUGAAUAUCAGUUUGCUGAAUUGAAUGCCCAAAAACAACGUCUACUAGAAAGUGCUAAUCAAUCGAAAGUGGUUAAUGAAGCAGCCACUAGUGAAUUAAGGGCACAAGUUGCUAAUCUUUCUAACGAUUUAAUGCAUGUUACAAGGGAAUUGAAUACUGCUGAACAAAAAGUUCACGAGUUAACCUGUCAGCUAGAAACAGUUAAAAAGUCAUUAAAUGAUAAUAAAGAAUUGAAUGGUGAAUCAAUUAUAGUAAAUAUUAAAUCAGAAGAAGUAUGCGUGAAUAAAGAAGACAGUGAAGACACACAAGUGUAUGAAAAUCUUCGUAAUCGUUUAUCUGAAGUUGAAAGUAACCUUGAAACUGCUGAAAAAGAACGUGUAAAAAUUUACAGUCUUUAUCAAACUGCUCUAAGUGAAAUUGAUUAUUACAAGUCUACAUUAAUGCAAACUGAAGAGGUACUGGCUAAAUUAGAAGGAUCUGUUAAAGAAGCAGAAAGUAAAUGGCGUCAGUUGUUAGCUGAAAGUGAAGCAGAACGAAAUCGACUCCGGAAACAAUUAACAGAUUCUCAGGCAGUAUUGGAAAAUGUAAGUUUAUACAAUUGAUUACAUCUUGUGGUAGUUAGUUAAUUAAUACUUGUUUGAUUGGUUGGAGGAUUUCAUCAUGAACUGACAUCAGUUACAGAACCAUUGAAAAACAAGCUGGGAGUACUGGACAGCUAUUUCGUCCUAGUUUGUGACUCUUCGGCAGCACACACUCACUGGGGUUUGGACCCAGAACCUUCUGGUUACAAGGCGACCUCGUAGACCAUUCAGCCACUGGAACCCGAUCCAAUGGCCUAGAAGGCCCUAGGUCCGAAUUUUGGUGGGUGCCUGCUAUUGAAGAGCCCAAAACUAGGACGAAACCACCGCCAAGUACUCCAGUGGUUCUCUAACUGAUGUCAGUUCAUGAUGAAAUCCUCCAAUCAAUCAAACUAAAUCCGUGCAAAACCAAUACUUGAAAAUUAAUAUUUGUGUUUUAAUCUUCUGACUGAAUAUCUUAGCACUAAUUAACCUGCUUAUGGUUUUACUGGAAACUUAUUCGGUUUUGUAUAAAGAAGACCAUAUCAUUUCUUAUCAUUUAAUAUGCUUAUUUUUAAAUAUUUUUUAAGUUAAUUCCUCUCUGUAAAUAAAUACACUUGAUAAAUGUUUUCUAAAUAACAAGUUUUCUUUAUAUUUUGCUAGUUGUCUCCAACUUCUUUUAAAUUUCAAGUUAAUCCGGAAAACUCAAAAAGUAUUUAUUUUAAAAAUAGAUGCAUUACGCGUUUUAGUGAAAGAAAAACUGAAUUCUUGCUAGUUCAUUGUGAAGCACAAGUUUUUUAGACAUCUGUGUUUCCAUAUUAUAUAAUUUCUGACACAAUAAAUAUCUUGGAUUUGUCAAAACAACAAUAAGUGCCUAUGCUCAAUAUUGUUGUCCACAUAAUCUGUCAAUCACUUCUUUCAUCUUUACUAGCAUAAGUGCAUAUGUUGAAUUCGGUUUUAGUAAGGUGGGCGCGUGUAUUUCCCUAAUGCUUAUAAUAUCAGUUAUUUUGUGAUAUUCUCUGAAAUAUAUAAUUAU